UGAACCUUGCCGGCCACCGUAUCGAGCUAGAAAGGGGCUAACGCAGUAGAGGUUAUAAAAGCCAAAACACUGUUAUUGUAUAGUAUUUUCAUUUCAUUUAUUGUCCUGCAGCCUGCGGCGGAGCGUUUGCUCUGUACAGUAGUUCCGUACUUCUGCUCGUGUUCGUCCGCUGGCGUGAAACCGACGAACUUCACCCCCCAAAACACUUUAGGUAAGACGUUCGUUAGCCGGCGGUUAGCAUCAGUUAGCUUAGCUCCGGGCUAACAGCAGGUGAAGCCAAUCACUCGUCUCUGCUCGCUGCGGUUUUAUCGAUCACGGAAGUGUGUGGACUUUGCAGCGGGCACACCUGCGAUGCUGUCGGUCGUUGUCAGGUCGGCUCUCGCCAAAAACAGGGGCUUGUGGCUGCCCACUCAGUCUGUGGUCAGGGCCAUGUCGUCCGCAGGUGGUGCCACCUCGCCCUACACCACCCUCGCCAUCAGUCACCCAGCCAAGUCCGUCACACACGUGGAGCUCCACCGCCCUGAGAAACUCAACGCCAUGAACUCGGCCUUCUGGAGAGAGAUGGUGGAUUGCUUUAAUGAGCUCGCUGCAGACCCAGACUGCAGAGUGGUGGUGGUUUCCGGAGCAGGGAAGAUCUUCACAGCUGGAAUUGACCUGAUGGACAUGGCCGCCGACAUACUGCAGCCACAGGGCGACGACACAGCCAGAAUUUCCUGGAACCUCAGACGAAAGAUCGCCAUGUAUCAAGAGACAUUCUCCGUCAUAGAGAAGUGUCCGAAGCCUGUUGUGGUGGCCGUCCAUGGAGCCUGUAUUGGAGGAGGUGUCGACCUGAUCACAGCGUGCGACAUCCGCCUGUGCACCCAGGACGCCUGGUUCCAGGUAAAAGAAGUUGAUAUUGGACUAGCAGCAGACGUUGGGACUCUCCAGAGACUUCCUAAAGUCAUCGGCAGCCGCAGCCUUGUGAACGACUUGGCUCUGACCGCCAGGAAGAUGUAUGCAGAUGAAGCCAAGAGCAGCGGCCUGGUCAGCCGGUUGUUUGCAGAUAAGGAGGCCAUGAUGUCUGGAGCUCUGGAGAUGGCUGGCGAGAUCGCUGGUCGCAGCCCUGUAGCUGUGCAAGGCACCAAGAUCAACCUGGUCUACGCCAGAGACCACAGUGUGGCAGAGGGACUGGACUACAUGGCCACGUGGAACAUGAGCAUGCUUCAGACUGACGAUUUGAUCAAAUCAGCACAGGCCGCCUUGGAGAAGAAGAGUCCCAAGACGAUAACUUUUUCCAAACUCUGAAACCUCACUGGGGCAGAGUUCUGAUAAAACACGGAAUCUGCUGUUUUAAUCCUCCACUGCGGCCUUACAGUGUCUGUUCUACACUGAGCUCCUACAACAAACUAUCGUAUCUGUGAGGAUCAUGUAAUGACAUUUACUGAUGAAGGCUAGAACCUGUGAGAGCAGGGGGAAUUUAAUCUAAACUUAGAAAAAGUCUUUCAUGUGUGGAAUCCCAUCUUUUUCCAGAUGACCAGUGAUCUCUCACAAAAAUCCACUCACCAGACAGUCAAUCCUCAGGUCAUCUGGGCAGCAGGAAUGUUCUUUUUAAUCUAAACUGACCUCAAUUAUCCUUCAGAGUGGAACAGCUGUGCAUUUAUUUCUCAGUUCAUUGACCAAAAACAGAAACGGACAGUUAUGUACAUCUGUUAAUGACUCCAUGAAUGUUUUAUCUUAUUAAAAUAAGCUAAUCUGAAAGUAAACUACCAUGUUGAGCCACAGUGAAGUGCUAAGAUUCAGUUUGAGUGCAAAACAUUCAAAUAACUACCAAUAACUAAAUAACUUAAAUACUUUAUUGAUAAAACUAUACAAAAAGGUAAAACUAGAAACACAUUCAAAUUCAGUCACUUCUGCUUGGCACGAAGCUUCUGUAAUGUUUUCUGUGAAGAGAGGGGAGAAAAAUAUUCUAUCAAACUCAAUUGGGGGCAAAUACAUCAUAAUUCAGUGCACUUUUGUUAGUUUUUUAACCUUGUGGAACUCUUUGGCCUUCAGUCUGUUUUCUGCACAAGCUUCCUGUCUGCUCCGGAUUGAUUUCUGAUGCUUCACCUCCUCCAGCUGUUCGUACAGUCUGUAGGAACGGAGGAUCAGUCACCACACCGUUUUGUCAAAAUCACAUUUAUAAUUUUGAACAACAUAACAUAGUUCAUAUUUGAUGUAUGGAAUCACUUUUACCCUCUGCAAUGAUAUUAUUUAAAGUUCUGUUUAAAAAUUUAAAAGCUCAGAAUAUUAUUACAAUACCUGCGAGUUCUCUUGUACAUCACCGAAACUUCCCGUUUCCUUUGCUCAGGUGUGUAGAUCUUCGACUCGUCCAUAUUUCUCUGCCUGAAAUCGCUCUCUGAAGGAAAACAAUUAAAUUAAUAUUGGUUGAAUAACUGCAACAGCUAAUCAUUUUACAAGGGACUGAUGUAGGAGUGCCAUUUAGAUUAAACUUUAAAAAAGCUUCUUAUUUUUGCCACAUAACACGGUACAAAGCCUGCCUGGGUAAUAUGGCCUGCAUAUAUCGUACAGUGGUUUAUAAACCAUGACUAUGUAUUCCAUACUCAAUUCAAAGAGGUCUGAUGUCCAUAUCAAGAGUCUUAACAUUUCCAUUGUGACAGCACUCAAAAUAUGUUCCCCCUGCAGUCAAAUCCAUUUGCACAUAUCAACUUUAAAACUGAAUCGUACAGCUGUUUUGUUAAUGAUUAAGCAAAAUUAAACUGCUCAGAUUGA